GAAAAAGCGGUCUGAGCGGGUUCUUCACUUGAGAAGUUGCCCUCGUGCCCACCAGAUGUGUGAUGGGACUUCGCCUUUACGCGCAGAGACUUGGGAUACUCGUCUACCUCUUCCUCCUGACAACAGGUGCCUCGAGUGACACCCUGUCCGAGGAGGAGCCCCUCUUCACGCACACGGAGAAGCAGCGCUACGACGGAUGGUACAACAACCUGGCCCACCCCGAUUGGGGUUCCAUCGACAGCCAGCUGACCCGAAAAGCCCCACCAUCUUAUUCGGAUGGCGUAUACCAGAUGGCCGGGUCCAGCAGACCUGGUGCCCGGUCCCUCAGUCAAGCCCUCAUGAAGGGUGGCGACGGCCUUGCCUCCCGUCGAAACCUCACAGUGCUCUUCACUUUCUUCGGUCAGGUGGCCGCAUCGGAAGUUCUGAUGGCAAGCGAGUCCGGCUGUCCCAUAGAAGUUCAGAAGAUCGAGGUAGGCACCUGUGACGACGCUUUCGAUCGAGAGUGCAAAGGUACCCGACUCAUGCCAUUCCACAGGGCGCUCUAUGACCACAAAACAGGCCAAUCGCCCAAUAGCCCGCGAGAACAGCUAAACCAGAUGACCAGCUGGAUCGACGGCAGCUUCGUGUACAGCACGAGUGAGGCGUGGGUCAACAGCAUGCGAACCUUCCAGAACGGAACCUUCCGCUCCACGGAGGGGAGAUUCCCGCCUCGCAACCACGAGAGGGUGCCCCUCAUCAACUAUCCACCCGCUAGGUACCUGGGCAUGCAAGACCCGGAAAAGAUGUUCUUGCUGGGCGACCCCCGCAUCCAUCAGAAUCCGGCCUUGCUUUCCCUAGGCGUGGUCUUCCACCGAUGGCAUAAUGUGAUGGCGGAGCGCAUCAUAAAGCAACAUCCGGACUGGACGGACGAAGACAUCUUCCAAAGAGCCAGGCGCUGGGUCAUUGCCACUCUCCAGAACAUCAUCUUGUACGAGUAUUUGCCUCUGCUUUUGAUGGAACCUGUCACACCUUACCAAGGUUACCAGCCAGACCUUCACCCUGGCGUGAGUCACGUGUUUCAGUCCGCCGCCUUCCGAUUUGGACACACCCUUAUCCCACCCGGACUCUACAAAAGGACUGCCCAGUGCGAAUUCCGGAAAACUAUGACAGGGUACCCAGCCGUGCGCCUUUGCUCCACCUGGUGGGACUCGGAGGAAGUGGAGUCCGGGAUCGAGGAGCUGCUCAUGGGCAUGGCUUCUCAGAUCGCAGAACGGGAGGACAACGUCCUCUGCUCCGACGUUCGAGACAAGCUGUUCGGGCCAAUGGAAUUUUCAAGGCGAGACCUGGCGGCGCUUAACAUUAUGCGGGGAAGAGACAACGGACUGCCGGACUACAAUACCGUGCGGCGCUAUUUCCAACUGCCGGAGGUCAAAAAUUGGUCGGAGAUCAACCCGCCUCUCUUUAACCGCAGUCACGAGCUAGUCAAAUCUCUUGAUGAACUGUACGGGGGCCGUCUGGACGACGUGGAUUUGUAUAUUGGGGGCAUGCUGGAGACAGAGUUGGAGGGAAGGCCGGGGCCCCUGUUUCGGAAAAUAAUUCGACAGCAGUUUGAGAGGAUUCGGGACGCCGACAGAUUCUGGUUUGAGAACAUGCAAAAUGGCAUCUUCAGCGAGAGCGAAGUCUCCGAGAUCCGCUCCAUCACCCUGUGGAACGUGCUGGUCAACACGACGGGGAUUGAACCGGAUGCCAUACAGAAGAACGUCUUCGUCUGGACCGAAGGCGACCCGUGCCCGCAACCGAAGCAGCUGGUGAGCGGCGACCUCGAGCCCUGUCUCAUGCUCAGCGGCUACGACUACUUCCACGGGAACGAAGUGACUUACAUCUAUUCAUGCAUCGUUCUCGCCUUCAUACCCAUCGCAUGCGCAGGCCUCGGCUACGGAGUGAUCAAGCUGGAGAACCGACGGCGGCGGAUGAUCCGGAUGCGGCAAGAGGUGAUCAUUGGAAAGCACUGCGAGAAGCUGGAUGUGAAGGAGUGGCUCCACAAUAACCACAAGCGUUGCGUCAAAGUGAAGAUCGGACCGGAUGACUCCAUCUCGACUCUCAACAGGAAGGGAGAGACCCUCCGCAAGGUGGACUUCCAGGCCUCGCCCACCGUCGUCGUGGAGGUGACGGAUGACGCCAACAGGAAGCCCAUGGUGCUGGUGCGCUCGCCCCGGGACCACGACCUGGUGCUGCAGUUCCGUGGUGAGACAUCACGCAAAAAGUUCUUGAGUCGUCUGGAGUCGUUUCUGUCCAGUCGCAAGAAGACCCUUGACCUGUUGCCCGUCUACAGGGACAGCAUGCUGGCCAACGCCGAGACCAAGGAGAAGAGACAGAAGAGGUUGGAACAUUUCUUCAGAGAAGCUUAUGCGUUGACUUUCGGACUUCGGCCUGGCGAAAAGCGCCACCUGGAGGACGUCGGAAGCAGCGAUGUCAUCAUGGUGAUGCGCACUUCGCUCUCGAAACAAGAAUUCGCCGAAGCUCUCGGGAUGCGUCCCGAAUCUCUCUUCGUGAAGAACAUGUUCAAUUGCGUAGACAAAGACAAAGACGGAAGGAUCAGUUUUCAGGAAUUCCUGGACACCGUGGUUCUUUUUUCCAGGGGCAAGACUGAGGACAAGCUGCGCAUUGUAUUCGACAUGUGUGACGAUGACGGCAACGGCGUUAUUGACAAGCAUGAACUGACCCAGAUGCUACGUUCCCUGGUGGACAUUGCUAAAACAGAUUCCAUGGAUGAGGUGCAAGUGAUGGACCUCAUCCAGGGUAUGUUUGAAGCCUCCGGCCUGCAGAACAAAGAAGAGCUCGGCUACGAGGACUUCAAACUCAUGAUGAGGGAGUACAAGGGCGACUUCAUCGCCAUCGGACUUGACUGCAAAGGAGCAAAGCAGAAUUUCCUGGACACAUCGACUAAUAUAGCAAGGAUGACCAGUUUCCAGAUCAGCCGUCCGGCCGAGGACCCGCCCGGCUGGUUCUGCGGCAAGUUCAACCAGCUGGCCACUUUCCUAGAGGAAUACAGACAGCACAUUUUCUAUCUGUUCGUUUUUUACGUCGUCACCGGAGUGCUCUUCCUCGAGAGAUUCGUCUUCUACUCGUACUUCGCGGAGCACACAGAUUUGCGUCAUGUGAUGGGGCUGGGAAUCGCUGUGACCCGUGGUUCGGCGGCCGCCCUCUCCUUCUGCUACUCCCUCCUCCUGCUCACCAUGUGCCGAAACCUCAUCACUAAGCUACGGGAGCUGCCCCUGCAUCAGUACAUUCCCCUCGACUCCCACGUCCAGUUCCACAAGGUGGUCGCCCUCACAGCUCUCUUUUUCUCCAUGAUUCACACCGUCGGCCACUGUAUCAACUUCUAUCACGUGUCCACGCAACCCAUUGACAAUCUGAGAUGUCUCACCAAGGAGGUGCACUUCGACUCCGAUUUCAAGCCAACAAUUUCCUACUGGCUGUUUCAGACAGUUACAGGUGUCUCAGGCAUCCUGCUGUACGCCAUCGUAUGUGUCAUGUUCAUUUUCGCCCACCCCCGGAUCCGGCAGAAAGCCUACAAGUAUUUUUGGUCAACGCACAGCCUGUACGUCCUUCUGUACUUACUGUGUUUGGUGCAUGGCUUAGCGAAGAUCACAGGGACCCCCCGCUUCUGGAUCUUCUUCGUGGGUCCGGCCAUAGUUUACACGCUCGACAAGGUGGUCAGCCUCCAGACUAAGUUUGUGGAACUGGACAUUCUCGACACAGAAUUGCUACCCUCCGAUGUGACCAAAGUGAAGUUCAGCCGCCCCCCCAACUUCAAGUAUCUUUCAGGCCAGUGGGUGCGGCUGGGACUGACGGCUCUGCAGCCGAACGAGUUCCAUUCCUUCACCCUGACCUCAGCACCCCACGAGAAUUACCUCUCCGUGCACGUGAAGGCUCAAGGCCCCUGGACGUGGAAACUCCGGAACUACUUCGACCCCAACAAUAUGCAAGCAGCCAUGCACAAGGAGCAAAAAGUGAGGCUGGAGGGACCGUACGGGGGAGGAAACCAGGAUUGGUACAAAUUCGAAGUGGCGGUGAUGGUGGGCGGAGGAAUCGGUGUCACACCCUACGCCUCCAUCCUGAACGAUCUGGUGUUCGGCACCUCCACCAACCGCUACUCUGGUGUGGCGUGCAAGAAAGUGUAUUUUCUCUGGAUCUGUCCCUCUCAUCGCCACUUUGAAUGGUUCAUAGAGGUGUUGCGGGACGUCGAAAGGAAGGACGUCACCAACGUGCUGGAAGUGCACAUCUUCAUCACGCAGUUCUUCCAUAAGUUCGAUCUCCGGACCACCAUGCUCUAUAUCUGUGAGAACCACUUCCAGCGCAUCUCCCAGCGGAGUAUGUUCACCGGUCUGAAGGCCGUCAACCAUUUCGGACGGCCCGACAUGACCUCCUUCCUCAAAUUCGUGCAGCACCAGCACUCCUACGUGAGCAAAGUGGGUGUGUUCAGCUGCGGCCCUUCUGCCCUCACCAAGAGCAUCAGCAGCGCCUGCGAGACCGUCAACAACCAGCGGAAGCUGCCCUACUUCGUGCAUCACUACGAGAACUUCUGAACUCGCUCACCACUAUUUAUUGCCACACAGCUUGCCUGGCAGGCUUGUUGUACAUAAGUUACCCCGACAUCGGCAGGGUGACAGCGUCCGGCUCUGAUGUCCAGCGAAGUGCACAAGACACUCUGUUAAACUGUACAUAGUCUGUUCAAAAAGGAAGCAGGCUUUUAAAAUAAAUCGAUUACUGCUCA